UAUUUCGCGCUUUCUUUUUUAGGCUCGCGGGAGGUGGACUUGGAAUGCCUGCGCCACCGUUGCCGAGGCGACGACUUGGUUACUUCCGUUGGUUUCAAUGCUUCCGGGUUGGCGUUGCGGUGGCGUUUCCGACUGGGGGAGCCUCGGCUUCCCAGUCGUCCGAUGAGCCCGAGCAGCACCAGAAAAGUGCCACUGUAAGCCAUGAGAUGUCUGGUCUGAAUUGGAAACCCUUUGUAUAUGGCGGCCUUGCCUCCAUCGUUGCUGAGUUUGGAACUUUCCCUGUGGACCUAACCAAAACGCGACUUCAGGUUCAAGGCCAAAGCUUCAAAGAGAUAAAAUACCGAGGAAUGUUUCAUGCCCUGUUCCGAAUCUAUAAAGAAGAAGGUAUAUUGGCUCUAUAUUCGGGAAUCGCUCCUGCUUUACUAAGACAGGCAUCAUAUGGCACCAUUAAAAUUGGCAUUUACCAAAGCUUGAAGAGAUUAUUUGUAGAACGUUUAGAAGAUGAAACUCUUCUAAUUAAUAUGAUCUGUGGGGUAGUGUCAGGAGUAAUAUCUUCCACUAUAGCCAAUCCCACCGAUGUACUAAAGAUUCGAAUGCAGGCUCAAGGAAGCUUGUUCCAAGGCAGCAUGAUUGGCAGCUUCAUUGAUAUAUACCAACAAGAAGGUACCAGGGGUCUGUGGAGGGGUGUUGUCCCAACUGCUCAGCGGGCUGCCAUCGUUGUGGGGGUAGAGCUACCAGUCUAUGAUAUUACGAAGAAGCACUUAAUAUUGUCAGGGGUGAUGGGAGACACAAUUUUAACUCAUUUUGUUUCCAGCUUUACGUGCGGCUUGGCUGGGGCUCUUGCUUCCAAUCCAGUUGAUGUGGUUCGAACUCGCAUGAUGAACCAGAGGGCAAUUGUGGGACAUGUGGACCUCUAUAAGGGCACUUUGGAUGGUAUUUUAAAGGUAUGCACACUGUGGGCUUGGGUUGCAUUUUUAGUUUUCUUUAUGUCUCAGACCUUAUUUCAGUCCUUAUUCUUGGUUGCUACAUAUCAUUCUGAAGAUGGAAGAAUUGUUAUGUAUAUUUUUAGUAGCCUUUCAGAGUCAUUCCGAGGUAGAAAAGCUGUUUCCUUGGCAAUCUGCUGAUGCACAGUGGUCCUUAAUGUAAUUAUUCCAAUCUGAAUGCUUGAGAAUGUAGGACACUUUUAUCAGUAGCACUAUGUAGAAUUAUUGAUAGAAAGGACUUAACAUAUCCCACAUUUGCCUGCUUCAGACAAGACAGAGACCCUGUAAUAGAAAAUCUGGUGCUUAAUUUCAGUUCAGUGUUGUGCUAUUGUUCACACUUUGGCUUUGAAGUUUCUGCUAUGUUAUGUUUGUAGGAAGCUGAAUAUCAUAAAUGUAUUAUAUAAUCACUGGUGAUAAUACUUCUACAAAAAACAAAUUUGGGACUAAAAUAUGAUAUUUCCAUAUGGUUUCUCUGCUGUUAUCAGUUUAGUUUAACAGCUUUUAUCUAUCAGGCACCUUUUUAGAAGGUACAGAGAAAUUAUAGCGUGCUGCAUGUGUACAAACAGAUAAUCAACACAGCUUGGUAAGUGUUAAACUCGGGGAUCUGUGGGAGGAAAUUUUAGUCCAAUUUGGAAGUUUGGGAUAGGCUCCCUGUAGAUGGUGGCAUCUUGAGUAAUAAUAAGUUACAUCUGUUGAGGGCUUUACUGUGUAUCAGGAACUGUCCUAAUGAGACUUACACAUAUUCAUUUAUUUAAUCCUCACCAUUACCCCAUGAGGUAGAUACUGAAGCACUGAGAGAUUAACUAACCUGCCCAAGGUUUCACAGCUAGUCAGUCGGACAGCUGGGAUUUAAACUCAUAACACUUCGCUUCAAACUGUCAUUCUUAACCUCUGCGCCAUGGUGCCUUCCUCAUGUUGGUGGCUGUGGGUUAGUUAGGUUAUAAAAGAUACUGAAUGCUAUGAUGAAGUGCUUGGAGGUUUUUUUUACUUGAUGGAUAGCUAUUGAAAGACUUUAAUCAGGUCAGAUUUGCAUUUUAAAUAAAUCACUGUGGCUUUGUGGAGACUGAAUCUAAGGCAGUGGUUCUUAAUCUUAGGUGCACAUUGGAAUUAUCUGGGGAAUUUUCACAGCUUCUGUGUCUACCUUAGACCAAUGAACUCAGAACCGCUGAGGGUAGGACCCAGCUGUCAAUAUUUUUAAAACUCCUCAGGUGAUUGCAAUGUUCACCCAAGGUUGAAAACCAUUAAUCUAAGGGGAUAAGCCUGGAUCAGUGGUCGUAAAACUUUAAAGUGCAUCAGAAUGACCUGGAGGGCUUGUUAAAAUGUGCCGGGCCCCAUCACUAGAUUCUGAUUUAGUAGGUCUGGAGGACCUGAGAAUUUGCAUUUCUAACAAGUUCCCAGGCAAUACUGAUGCUGCUAGCAUGGGGACCACAUUUUGAGAACCACUGACCUAGGAUAGGGAAGCUGUCGAGAAGGCUCUUAUAGUAGUCUAAGCAAGAAGUGAUGAGGGCUUGAACUCGAGCAUGGUAAUGGGUAU